AUGAAUGACGACACGAUAACGUGGGAAAUCCUGGGCAAGGGAAAAUGCUCAUUUAAGAAAAAAACGCAGACGCAAAUGUUCUGCAUGAAUGAAUAUAAUGUUACAGGUCUAUGUACUAAAGUGAACUGUCCUCUAAGUAAUAGUGUCUACGGAACAGUCAUCCUAGAAAAGGGAGAAAUUUAUUUAUACUUAAAGUACCCGGAGAGGGCCCACCUUCCGAGCUCCCUCUGGACCAGACUCCAACUAAGUCAAAACAAAAAGGAAGCAUUCAAUGCUAUUUAUAAAGAAAUGAAAUACACCCACAAUAUAAAACAAAUAAAAAAAUGCAUGAAGAGAUAUGUACGCAUGAAAGAGAUUUUAAAACGAAGUAGAAAAUUAAUUUUGCAAAAACAAGUAAAAUUGGUUCCCAUUAAAAAGAAAACAGAAAGAAGGGAUAGGACCCGAGAAAAUAAAGCUCUUAAAGCAGCAAACAUUUUAAAUAAUGUUGAAAAAGAAUUGCUCAACCGGCUCAAUAGUGGGGUGUAUGGUAAUUUGUAUAAAUUCUUGACCCCAAAAAAGAAGGUUAAAAAUAAGGACUCCGAGUUGGCCAAGCUGUUCGACGAGGUGGAGGACACGCAACGCGUGAAGAAGAAGAAGAAGCAGCAGCUAGAGAAGCAGGAGGAAGAGGAGGAAGAAGAAGAAGAGAAUGAUGACGACGAAGACGAUGAGGGAGAAGAUGACGACGAUGAUGAGGACGAUGAUGAAGACAAUGAUGAUGAAGAGGAAGAACACGAGGAUGAUGAUGAGGAAGAAGACGAGGAUGAUGAUGAGGAAGAAGACGAGGAUGAUGAUGAGGAAGAAGACGAGGAUGAUGAGGAUGAUGAUGAUGAAGAGGAAGAAGAAUUCGAUGAGGAAGACGACGAUGAUGAAGAUGAUGAAGAAGGGGAAGACGAUGAGGAGGAAGAGGAUGAACAUGUGGAGGACGAGCCCCGAGCGAGGAAAGCGAAAAGGAAGCAGAAAUUCGAGAAGGAGUACGUGGACGACGAUCACAUCAGGACUCUCCAGGAGGAAGGGAAGCUCUUUGAUGAAGACGAAGUGGAGGAGUUCGAUGGAAGCUUCACGAAGAAGAGGAGCACCAAGGCAGGCGGCAAGAAGGGCAAGAAGAAGAUUCGAAUGGCGUACGAAAAUGAUUAG